AUGGGUGGUCAAAGACAGAUCUUGCCUGGUAGGGUCUACCAGACGGUCACGACGUUAAUGAACCAUCGCAUCUUCCCAAAUGUUCGGGUUCAGCAGCCGUCAUGGUACAAGGUGGUCGAGUCGAUACCCCCCUCCGAAAUGCUCACGAGGCCAUUUCCACCUCAACACAAGAAACCGAACCCCAAGGUACGAAAACCAAGCAGGUUAUUCCAACCGCAAGAAUUAGUAUACGAAGAGGACGGGCUACGGAGGACCUUUUACAAAGAUCACCCCUGGGAGCUAGCAAGGCCGAGGAUGAUAAUUGAAAUGGACGGAAAGGAUGCGCAGAGAUACGACUGGUCUAAAGGAUUAAUACAGCCGGGCAUGCCCUUGUGCGGCGAAUGCGUUGUUCAACGUCAGUUAUGGAUGAUGCAUAAUGUCCCAGACAUAACAAAAGAUCAAGCAUACGACAUAGUGCGGAGGGAGUUUUACGCAUUGCGACAGCAAGAGGAGGUCGAGCGCAGGAUAGCCAAGGAAGAGGCUCAGAUGGUGGGCGCAUAUUUCGGCAAGUCCUACUUACAAGUAGGUAUGGAGCUCGAAGAUAGGGAGUACGAGCAAUGGAAGAAGUGGGCUGGCAGGCAGAUCGAAGCAGUCAAGGCGGAACGUGAUUCGGCCUACACAAGCUUUGGGGAUGACGUUGACCUCGAUAAGAUUGACGUGGAAGAGCUCACGGCAGAAACAGAGGAGGCUGUUCCAGUACAGAAACCAGCACAGAAACCAGUACAAAAAUAG